AUGCCAACCUUCUUCUCAUACCCUGAUCUUGAGCUUCAAGAGGAGCUCAAACGGACUGCCGAGGCCAUUGUCGCACCAGGCAAAGGAAUCCUAGCUGUUGAUGAAAACAAUGAGGGAAUUGGCAAGUUGCUUGCUGGAGUGGAAUUGGAAAACACAGAGGAAAAUAGACGUCGGUACAGACAAAUGUUAUUCACGACCGACGAUAAUCUAUCAAAUAACAUCUCAGCUGUAAUUCUAUUCGAAGAGACUUUAUACCAAAAGACGGAUGACGGCGUCUUAUUUAUGGAUUUAUUGAGGAAGAAAAACAUUAUACCCGGCGUCAAAGUAGAUAAAGAUGUUGUUCCAUUGUAUCUAACAGAAGAAUACACAACUCAGGGUCUGGACAACUUGGCCGAGCGGUGCGCGGCUUACAAGAAGUUGGGAUGUAGAUUUGCAAAGUGGAGAUGCCCAUUAAAAAUUGGUGAACAUACACCAUCUGUGCAGGCCAUUGAGGAUACAGCGCAUGUUCUUGCAAGAUAUGCAUCGAUAUGCCAGAGUGAAGGCCUAGUGCCUAUAGUGGAACCAGACGUACUAUUAGACGGAGAUCACGACAUCGUAAGAAGCCAGAAGGUGACUGAAGUGGUGUUGGCAUCUGUCUAUAAAGCGCUGAAUGAUCAUCACGUCUUCCUAGAAGGGACUCUGCUCAAACCAAAUAUGGUGACUCCGGGUCAACAAUGUGUAAAAAGAAACACACCAGAAGAAAUUGCUUCAGCCACUGUCACGGCAUUGCUGAGAACUGUCCCAGCAGCGGUACCCGGUAUCACAUUCCUCUCCGGUGGUCUAUCUGAGGAAGAAGCUACUUUAAAUCUGAAUGCGAUCAGUCAGAUACCAAAAACACCUUGGAGAUUAACAUUCAGCUACGGCAGAGCAUUGCAGGCGUCUGUAUGGAAAAGCUGGGCGGGGAAAGAUGAAAAUAUUGGAAAGGCCCAGAAGGAAUUAUUGCAAAGGGCUCAGGCGAACGGUCUUGCUUCUUUGGGAAAAUACGUAACGGCGUGCAUUAGCAGUGCCGGUGACAUGUCAAACUACAGGGAAAACCACGUAUACUAG